GCGGAGGACGCGGCUGCUCGGCUCGGCGGCCCUGGGACGCCGCGCCGCCCGCCCCCUGCAGCCUGUGUUGCAGCUGCUGGCCACCGGAGGGGGCGAACAAACGUCAACCUGUUGUUUGUACCGUCACCAUUUAUCAACUCUCAGCACCACAAGGAAGUGCGGCACCCACAAGCGCUCCGAAAGUUCAGCAUGCAGGAAGUUUGGGGAGAGCUCGGCAAUUAGCACAACGGCCCGGGCAAUUGCUGGGUGAGCGCAGGCGGCAACAGCGCGGCGCGGCGUCCGUCCCGGGAGCUUCUCCCGGAUUUUUCUUGGAGCCACGCAGUGCCUAGGUCGCUGAUCCCAAUGCACCGGCUCAUCCUCGUCUACACUCUAGUCUGCGCAAACUUUUGCAGCUAUCGGGACACUUCUGCAGCUUCGCAGAGCGCAUCCAUCAAAGCUUUGCGCAACGCCAACCUCAGGCGAGAUGAGAGCAAUCACCUCACAGACUUGUACCGAAGAGAAGAAACCAUCCAGGUGACAGGAAAUGGCCACGUGCAGAGUCCCCGCUUCCCAAACAGCUACCCCAGGAACCUGCUCCUGACGUGGCGGCUCCAUUCGCAGGAGAAAACAAGGAUACAGUUAGCCUUUGACAAUCAGUUUGGAUUAGAGGAAGCAGAAAAUGAUAUCUGUAGGUAUGAUUUUGUGGAAGUUGAAGAUAUAUCUGAAACUAGUACCAUUAUUAGAGGACGGUGGUGCGGACACAAGGAAGUUCCUCCAAGGAUAACAUCAAGAACAAACCAAAUUAAAAUAACAUUCAAGUCUGAUGAUUACUUUGUGGCUAAACCUGGAUUCAAGAUUUAUUAUUCUUUUGUGGAAGAUUUCCAACCCGCAGCAGCCUCUGAGACCAAUUGGGAGUCAGUCACAAGCUCUAUCUCAGGAGUAUCCUAUCACUCUCCAUCAGUAACGGAUCCCACUCUCACUGCGGAUGCUCUGGACAAAACAAUUGCAGAAUUUGAUACUGUGGAAGAUCUACUCAAGCACUUCAAUCCUGAAUCAUGGCAAGAUGAUCUUGAGAAUCUGUAUUUGGACACUCCUCAUUAUCGAGGCAGGUCAUACCAUGACAGGAAGUCAAAAGAGGCUGGACUCACCUCGUUUUUAGUUUCUCCGUUCUCUGCAGUUGACCUGGACAGGCUCAAUGAUGAUGUGAAGCGUUACAGCUGCACUCCCAGGAAUUACUCAGUCAACUUAAGAGAGGAGCUGAAGCUGACCAACGUGGUCUUCUUUCCACGUUGCCUCCUUGUGCAGCGCUGUGGAGGAAAUUGUGGCUGUGGAACUGUCAACUGGAAGUCCUGCACAUGCAAUUCAGGGAAAACUGUGAAAAAGUAUCAUGAGGUAUUAAAGUUUGAACCUGGCUAUUUCAGAAGAAGGGGCAGAGCGAAGCACAUGGCACUCGUUGACAUUCAGCUGGACCACCAUGAGCGGUGUGACUGUAUCUGCAGCUCCAGACCACCUCGAUAAACGAAUGUGCACACAGUUACAUUAAGCAUGGAAGAGCCUUUAGUUUAAGGAGGGUGUGGUUAAGAGACCCUUUUCCCACCAGCAAACGAACUUACUACUAGCCUGCAAAGCAAUGAAUACAAGUGGUCGCUGAGUUUCAGCCCAGCUUUGUUAGUAUCCUGGCAAAUAGAAAAGUGUAUCAUCAACCUCUAUAUCCAAGAACAUAGAAUUGCAUUUAAUAACAGUGUCUGAGGAGAUAUCCAUGUCUACGUGUAAAUAGACCAACUGGUUGAUUCAGCGUAUAUAACCAGCUACACCAGAGCUUACAUAAGGUUGAGUUAUUUAGAGCUUUAAAAUCUUUUGAAAAAAAUAAGGGACAUAUUAAAUACAUGAAACAUGUCCUUGGAAUAUUCAGAAGAUUAAUUUAUUUGCAAAUUUUGCAUCACAAAACAGUUUUGGAUCUUGCUCUUCUGAAAAAAAAAAAAAACCACCUUGUAUAUUAGGUGAGCUUUUAUAGUUGUAUAUAUUGAGCUUUUCUAAUAUACACAUCUUAAUUAUAAAAAAGGAAAAAUAUGGUUUCUGGGAAAAAGGCACAAACCAAACCAUGUUUUUUCCCCAUGAGAUACACUACAUAUUUACCCAUGUAGCUAAUAAUCACCUGUCUCCAAAAGCAUGCCAUAAUAAUAUAGGUGCUUUAGAAAUUAAGUCAUUAAGUCUUCGUUUUAUGCAUCUUGCUGAGGGAUGCGAAUUCAUUUAACACCAGUCUCAAAAAAUUUCUUAGAAGGUUUAUCAUUAUAAUCCUACACAAGACAGUUUAUAAACUGUAGCAGAAUCUUGAAUUCUUCCCCUCCACAGAAGUAACUCCUUUGGAGAAUGGCAUUGGGCACUCACUCUAUAUGAGCCUUUCAAAAUAGUGUUCAUUGAAAGAUUUGUGCAGUUGAAAGGCAGAAAAGCAAGCAUUGACGUACUAACACAACUGGAAAUUGGAUGGUAUAUUGGAUAGGAUCCAUAUUUAAUAUUAGAUUCAAACGCUCCACACUGUGCUAAUUAAUCUUAUGUAUUUCGCUUUUAUGUUCCUAUCUUUUCGAUACACAGACAUGGAUUUAUAAUGGCAUUUUAUAUUUGGCAAGCCAUCAUGGAUUAUUUAUAGCCUAAAACCUUUUGUGUGUUAAAACAACCCAGUCUUAUUGAUAUAAAUCUCUAAUCAUAUUCUCACUCACCAUUUCGAAUUGCUGUUUCUGAACUAAGUGAAAUCAGAUCAGGGGUCUUUCCCAAAUCUGUGGAGCUUGUUCUAAGAGCCAUGCUGCAAAUUGUGAGAGCACAAGUUUGGCCCUGCUCUACCAAUGGAAAACUGUUUUUGCAUUGGUGGUUAUUAUUGGUAUUUAGGGUAAUUUUUCCUCUCUGGCUCCUGAAUGUCUAUUUUAAAAGAGACUGACUCCAGGAGUAGGAAGUGAUUCAUCAUUCUCCAAAGCAAGACUCUUAAGAGAGCAACAAAGAAAUUAAGAUAGCUCAGGGCUGCUCAGAGAGAACUACAUUUUUCUUCCUGCCUUAAAAGAAAAAAGGAGAGCCGAUUUCUACCACGAAUCCAGGGCCCUACUGACUAAAACCAAUUUGAGUGAAGGGGAAUGUGACAGGAGCUCGUUAAGUCUCCAUGUCAGAUGGGUGGCCUGACUAUACUUGGACUUCUAAGCAUGGUACUCUCAGGACCAAAUUCCCAACUAUCCUUAGCUCAUUUCUUCUCAGUUCUGAGAUGAAAGGCCAACGCUUAUUAAAGAUAUGCCUUCCAAAUUUCCCUAAAAGUGUCCAGUGUUUUUACCUCCAGGGGUAAGUGGUAAAAUUAAAUACUCUAUUGCUCAAUUGUCCAAAAUCCCAGAGCACAGUCAGAAAUAACUGAGGCAGACACUCUAAUAAUCAGGAACCACUCUUCCUCUUCAUAACAAUUUGCAAGUCUCCUAUGAAAAUACAGGACUCCUGUACCCAAAUAAAAAUGUGUUAUAUCACCCUAGCUUAUUCGGCUUACAUUAUAUCUGUAAGUAUUAUAAAUUAGUGUUCUACCUAAUUUUCAAUACAUUUUCCAGAUUGCAAUAUCCAAGAUGGUUUUCAGUUAAAGUCCUAUCUGUACUUUUUAUUUAUUAGCUGAAAUGUAAGUAGUUAAAAUGUAAAACACUUUCCUGAGUGUUUUAUUGAAACUUUUCCUUUGGUUAUCUGUUAUCUAUUGCACUUCCAACAUGUAGCCCAUAAAUCUGUUUCAUUGCCAUCAAAGGAAUAAAAAAACUCACCGUACAAAUUACAUUUCAAAACAAACCCUAAUAAAUCUGCAUUUCUGCAUGGUUCACUCACCUGAAAUAAUGCCUUUCAUUCAAUAUGUUCUUGUAGUGUAGAACACUUUCAUAAAUAGAAUUUUUGUGGGGUUUUUUUUUGUCAUAUCAGUAACAUGCACCUUUUUCCUCUCAGCAUUUUUGAUAGCAAAUGUAAUAUUCUUCUUAUCUUCAUGAAAAAUAAAUGUUGCUUUUGAACAAAA